CUUAACUUUAGAGACAGUGCGGUAUGUGCACGUGCUCACCCCAUGCUUACCCUCAGCUGGUUGCCAGUUUCUGAGUGGGGAGAGAAAAAGAGAGCGAUACAGGGUGGGAACUUAUAUCAGUGGUCUCUCUCUUCGCCUUUUCCCUCUUUGGCGCAUCCUCCGUCGAGCCCAACCUGCUGUAGUUACCUCCCUGUGGUAGACAGACUGGGGAAUCUACCUGGCGGAGAGCAGACACACCUCGGGAUGGAUGCCCUGAAAUCCGCCGGCAGAGCGAUUAUCAAGAGCCCCGGAGUUCCGCGGCACACAUGGGGAACUUCAAAGCACGAAAAGCUGCCAGAGAACUGGACAGACACCAAGGAGACUCUACUGGAAGGGAUGGUGUUCAAUGUAAAGUACCUGGGUAUGACUCUGGUGGGCCAGCCCAAAGGAGAGGACAUGGCGUCAGCUGCCAUUCGCAGAAUUGUUGCCACGGCCAGAGCCAGUGCUAAGAAGUUUCGGAAAGUAACACUGACGGUCUCACCAAAAGGCAUCAUCAUGACAGACACAGAGACUACAGACCUCAUAGAAAAUGUCUCCAUAUACAGAAUCUCGUACUGCACAGCAGAUAAAACUCAGGAUAAGGUCUUUGCAUAUGUCUCUCAGAGUCAGUUCAAUGAGACCCUGGAGUGCCAUGCAUUUCUCUGCCAAAAGAAGAAGAUUGCUCAGGCUGUGACAUUGACAGUAGCCCAGGCCUUUAAAGUAGCCCUUGAUCUUUGGGAGAUUGCUCAGGAAGACAAAAGCAAGAAGGCCAGAACCUGCUGUUCUUGUGCAGCAAGCAAAGGGCAGACAGAGACAACUGACACUCAGUGUGUUCCAGCAGAUCUCCCAGAGGCACACAAGCCCAUUGGGAUGGAGCCAAGUCUCCGGAGGCCCUUCUUCUCUGCUUCACUCAGCUCACCCUCGCCUCGCAGUAACCCUACUCGACGGCGACCAAUCAAACACGACUCUUGGGAUGUGGAAGAUGGAAUCGAUGAUGCAUUCUCAAGCAACAUGGAAGUAGAGGAGAUGGACACCGACUGGCCAAGCCCUGCUCCAAACCCAUCUCUUACAAUGCAGCUCUGAGCGUCCGGGAGGUCUCCAUCUAGAAUCUGUCGUCUGCAACAAUGAGUUUGAAUAACAUACGCAGGGAAUAGCUUCACAACUUACAGAACCAACGAAAUUUGAUGGAAAUCAUACCCCUCAGGCCCUGAGAAAAACAACAAAUACCAAAACAUUACUUGAAAGUUGGAAACAUAUCAUGCUUCCCUGUGCACAAACUGAAUCAGAGACUCUGGUUGAUUUUCGGUGACUGCUGCGGAGAAGACGGAAUGGAUACCCUGCUAUCAUAAACUGCGGUUUCUGUGAAAGCCUGCCAGUCAACACAGCGCAUUCAGUCCUUCAGUCAUCCCCGGCCAUAUUCAAACUCUCACCAACUGCCAUCUGUCUGAGAUACGUCAUCUCUUUCUGGAAGUUCUCUUAUCUUGUCAUUUGCUUGAAGGAGUAACGGCUGCCAGACUCAGCAGUCACUGGAAGAAGCCCAGUGUUAGAGGUACAAAUCUUUAGUUGUGUUUGAUAAAUUAUGAGCAUUCGGUUUGUUGUGCUGAUUCAACCAGUUCUUUGAAGAGUGAAAUGGCAUGCGUGCACCCACGUAUCAUCUUUUUCUUUGAUUACAACAUAAAUGUGUCA